AAUGAAAACAAAAACAGAAAAAGGAAGAGUUAGAAUUUGCUUUCUCUCUCUCGAUCCCUCUCUCUCAAAAUCGCUGUUCCUCUCUCACCCACCGCCACCGGCCGCCGCUCUCAAUCCCUCUCUCACUGCUCUCAAUCUCUCUCCCUCACCUCGCCGUAACGCCGUUCAAUCUUCCGCCGCAGCCGCACCACUGCUCAGCUCACCGCGCCGCACCACACCGCACCGCACUCACUCUUUCUCUUCGUCUCGUUUCAGUAAUCUGGGUCUGUGUACGGUGCGAUGAACGAAUUACAAAAGUCUCUGAUUCUGGAAUCUUCUUCUCGCUUCUUGAUUCCUCAAGGAGUGAAGGUAUCGUACGGUACUGCGGGGUUUAGAGAAGAUGCAUCGAUUCUAUCGUCGACGGUGUAUAGAGUUGGAAUUCUGGCAGCUCUUAGAUCGUUGAAAACACAGUCAGUGAUCGGAGUUAUGAUUACUGCUUCACAUAAUAAGGUUUCUGAUAAUGGUGUUAAAAUUGCUGAUCCGAGUGGAGGUAUGUUGUCUCAGGAUUGGGAACCUUUCGCUGAUGAACUUGCCAAUGCUCCUUCUCCUCAACAACUUCUCCAGUUGAUAACUGAAUUUGUUGAGAAAGAAAGGAUUCCAUUUGAUGGGGUCAGGCCAGCUGAAAUACUUUUGGGGAGAGACACGAGGCCAAGUGGAGAAGCUUUGCUUGAAGCUGCUAGACAAGGAGUCACUUCAAUUGUUGGAGCUGUUGCAUCUGACAUGGGAAUUUUGACUACUCCACAACUACAUUGGAUGGUUCGUGCUAGAAAUAAGGGAAUAAAAGCGUCAGAGCAAGAUUACUUUGAACAACUUUCCAACUCAUUCAGGUGCUUAAUGGAUUUGAUCCCGACUGGACAAAGCAAGUGUGAUGGGAUGAAUGACAAAUUGGUUGUGGAUGGAGCUAAUGGUGUUGGUGGAGCAAAACUUCAAAUUCUUCAUAAAUUGUUGAAUGUUUUAGAUAUUGAGGUUCGAAAUAGCAGUCAAGACGAAGGUGUAUUGAAUGAUGGAGUUGGUGCUGAUUACGUGCAGAAAGAGAAGGUUGCUCCGCGCGGCUUUGGUUCUAAAGAUGCUGGCAUAAGGUGUGCUAGUUUGGAUGGAGAUGCUGAUCGGCUUGUUUAUUUUUCAGUACUACCUGAAAGCAAUGCUCCAAUUGAUCUUGUUGAUGGAGACAAAAUACUGUCCCUGUUUGCUGUAUUUAUUAGGGAGCAACUAAGUUUUCUUAAUGAGAAAGAAGACAUAAAAAACUUCGAUAAAUCACGUCUUGGUAUUAUACAGACUGCAUAUGCAAACGGGGCUUCUACUAAUUACCUUAAACAUUUGGGACUCGAAGUCAAUUUAACUCCCACUGGAGUGAAAUAUUUACAUGAAAAAGCUGCUGAUUUUGAUAUUGGUAUAUAUUUUGAGGCAAAUGGCCAUGGAACUAUCCUAUUUUCGGAGACUUUCAUAGAGUGGUUAGAGGUCAGAAGUAACAAGCUUUCUUCAGGAUCCAAAGGUUCAGAAGCAGAAAAGGCUGCUUUGAGAUUAUUGGCAGUCAGUAAGUUGAUCAACCAAGCAGUAGGAGAUGCUUUGAGUGGAGUGCUCUUGGUGGAAGUCAUAUUGAAGCACAUGGGAUGGUCCAUACAUAGAUGGAAUGAACUUUAUCAUGAUUUACCGAGUAGGCAGCUCAAGGUUAAAGUUGCUGACAGAACGUCCGUAGUUACAGCCAAUGCAGAAACUGUGGUUGUGAGACCCCCUGGUUUGCAGGAAGCCAUCAAUGCAGAAACUGCGAAGUACACUCAAGGUCGAUGCUUUGUCCGUCCAUCAGGCACUGAGGAUGUUGUUCGUGUAUAUGCCGAAGCAUCAACUCAAGAAGCUGCAGAUACCCUAGCCAACUGUGUGGCUAAACUUGUGGACCAGUUCUUAGGGUGAAACAGUUCUUGACAUAUCUGUGUAAUAGUUCUUUCCAACCAUGGAGAUUUUCCAAUAAAUUCCUCCUGGCAUUAUCCUUUGAAUAUGAUUGGUGUUAAAUUUAUCUACAUGUUCACAAACUGUAUUUUUAUAAUCCGCCUUUUAAGUCCACUCAUAUUCAAAUGUACUUCCAUUCCAUGCAUAUCGUCUUAAGACUAUAAUGACAGUGACAACAUUCUUUUUGCCAAAUAUCCAAUAUCUGGAACUGGUUUUCUUACUUUUAAUAUAAUGUUUAGGAUUUACUGUA